CUUUUGUAUAUUCAGCAGACAUAUUGCGAAAAUGCAACGAAAUAAAUGUAAUUAGCUCGUGUUUCGCCCAAAUAUAUUAUUGAAAAAGAAUUAUUUGUCAAAGAUCUGUGAAAACAAGCCCACAAGCACGUGUGGAAGGAGGAAAUGCAAAGCUGCAUGAAAGAAAUUCAGCUGCAUUUAUACAAAAUGGUCAUGGAAAAUUUGAACAAAAGGAUUAUCUGCUGAUAAUGAAUUGUUGCUGAUGCUCUGAACCUUAAUAAACACAUAAUGGACAAAUUCAAUGAAAAUAAAAGGAAGUUCACCAUUCCUGGUGUGAGAUACUUAUUUGCUGUGAAUGCAUUUCUUGGUCUAUGUGUCGCGUAUGCAUUGAGAGUGAACAUCAGCGUGGCGAUUGUGGCCAUGGUCAACCAGACAGCUGAGCACAAACCCUCCAAAGAUAAUACUUCUGAUGAAUGCUUCGUUUCCCCAAGGGAAAUCUUUAGUAAUUCGACAAGUGAGCCAAUCAAGGAUGGAGAGUUCUUGUGGUCACCAGAAAUGCAAGGUGUCGUCCUCGGCGCUUUUUACUAUGGCUACGUUAUUUCUCAAAUUCCUGGUGGAAGACUGGCCGAACUCUACAGUGGAAAAUGGGUCUUUGGCAUCAGCACCUUUCUCACCUCCAUUCUCACCCUCCUCACCCCCAUAGCCGCUCGAAAAGGGGUUGGAUAUCUAAUAGCCGUCAGAGCCAUUGAAGGGUUACUUCAGGGUGUAGAAUUGCCUGUCAUGAUUUAUAUGGUUGGUCAGUGGGCGCCAGAUUCCGAAAAGGGUCUCUUAGCCACUAUCGUCCGCUGUGGUAUUAGUAUUGGCGCUGUGGCUAGCAUGCCUCUUACUGGAUAUCUGUGUGAUUCUGACUUAUUUGGAGGUUGGCCGUCUGCUUUUUAUAUUAUGGGUCUUAUUGGUUGUUUGUGGUUUGUAUUUUGGUGUCUCUUGGUUACGGAUACACCGCUCACUCAUCCAUUCAUAUCAGAAAAAGAAUUGAAAUAUAUCACAUCCAAUCAGAGAGUUGAUCAUCGUAAGGAAGUUCCUCCGCUGCCAUGGAAAAGAAUAUUAACAUCUGUACCAUUCUGGGCGGUGUUUGUUACGGCAACUUGCCAGGAUUGGUCGUUUUUUAUAAUCAUGAAUGACUUGCCCACCUUUUUUAGUACUAUUUUGCACUUUUCAAUAGAAGAGAAUGGCUUCUUUUCUGCACUUCCUCACUUAACGCACACAAUAGUGGGUUUAGCGGUUUCGGCCUUAGCUGAUUUCCUUAUUCGAAGAAAGAUAGCAUCAACGACUGUUGUAAGAAAAGUCUGGAAUUCUGUAUCAGAAUUUGGAAUGGCUUUAGGCUUAGUAGGAGUCUGCUUCGCUGGUUGCAAUGUGGUGACGAAUAAGUUUCUUUUCAUUUCUGCCAUAGCCAUUAGUGGAUUUGCUCAUAGUGGCUACGUGCUCUCAUUUUUGGAUAUGGCGCCAGAAUAUGCAGGUACUUUAUGGGGCAUGGCAAGCACUAUUUCUAACUUGAAUGGAUUCAUAGCUCCACUAGUUGUAGGAGCACUAACCAACGAAGAGAAUACUCUUCGUCAGUGGAGAAUCGUUUUCAUUAUGACAGCUAGUAUUUUAGCUUUCGCUGGUAUUGUUUUCAUCAUCUUCUCUUCUUCUGAAAAACAAGACUGGGCUGACCCGGAGCCGUCCAAAUCUGAUAAAAGUGAUGAAAUGUUAACUGUUCCAAAGACAUCGUCCGUUAACAAAUAUAUUCCUCUAAACUGACAGAGAAAAUAUUGUAUAUAUAAUAAUUUGAAAGUUUUUUUUUUUUGAUUUUUUAAAAUUAAGAUUCACUUUUUAAAUUAGAACAUGUCCAAAACAUUCGAUUACAUCCUUUUUUUUGAUGAUUAAUGCAUCUAUUCUUUUUAUUUAUUUCAUUUAUUAUUCAUCGAAAGAUAAACAUUUUGUUAAAUGAAAUAAAUCAUUGGUGUAUAAAUACUGGUAAUCAUCCGCAAAAUGCCCAGAAAUAUUUGAAUUGUUAAAUGAAAUAAUUCAUUGGCGUAAAUACUGGUAAUCAUCCGCAAAAUGCCCAGAAAUAUUUGAAUUGUUAAAUGAAAUAAUUCAUUGGUGUAUAAAUACUGGUAAUCAUCCGCAAAAUGCCCAGAAAUAUUUGAAUACCACAGAUUGAAUUUCCUAAUUUAAAUAACGUUACAUUAUUCAUAAGCAGUUUGUAAUCGACCUACUUCGUCAGUUUUGAGGGUCUUCAUUAUUAUGGAAAUCAUCCUAACCUCUUCAGUUAAUCUCACUCUUAAUACCUUAUAAGUGAUACUAAAUUUUGUGUACUUACUCCCAGGUUGCAUACUGUUUUAUUUCAGUUAAAGUUUAGCUAUUUUUUGUGUGCUUAUUUUUGUUUUAUAAAUUGAAGAUAAUUGUAAUAAUUUGAAAUCAGUUAUUACCUCAAAUCAUUUUAACUUUAAUAAAUAUAUUGAAUGCACAUUAGAAUCUUUAGUACAUUUAGUACACUUAACAAAAAACUCUGGAAAAAAAAACGCAUCACAACGAUACAAGAAUAUCGUCUUGUUUCAUGUUUGUCAAAAAAAAAAAAAAAACCUGCAAUAUUUUUAUAUAGUUUCAAUCACUUUAGUGAUUUCAAAAAUUCAGAAAGUUUAUAUUUCAUAGAAUUACUUCUUUAAAUUUAGGAUAAUCAUACAUUGUGAAAUAAAAGUUUUAUUUUUUGUUUGAA